AUUGGAACUAGUCCUAAAAUUAAAAUGGUACAAAACGUUGCGUUAUCCAGUACCAACAUGAAUCAUAGCAGUAUGAGCAUAAAUAGUAGUAUUGGCUCAAUUGAUUCACCAACGGUGGAACAUGACGUAAUUGCAUUUCAGGAAAUACCUUUGACUGCACUCAGUAAAAAAUCAUUACGAAAGCUUUCAAAUUUAUUAAAUUCUAGAAAGAUUUUGCGUUCAGAAGAGGGUUACGAACGAGAUUGGCGAGGAUUGGCGUCAUUGGCGAAACAAAAGUGUUUAUGUGAGGAAAAUGGUGUAAGUGGAGAUGAUCCUAUGACAAAGGUAAUUCAAUUGUGGUGCACCAAUAACCCAAAAACAGCUACAUUUGCUUACUUGGAGCAAUUUCUUGGCAUAAUAGAUAGAUGGGAUGUUUCUGAUGAUAUCUACGAAAAUUUGGUGGAAGACACCAAAACAUAUCAAUCAAAAUUGCAGCAGUGUUUAGAUUUGGACUCUGAUGAUAAUGUCGAUAUGAAUAUAUCAAAACCUUAUGGCGAUUUUGGGCAUGGUUCUGAUCCAAAUAUUUUAACAACUUCGGAUGUGAUACGCGCACAAAAGGGUUUACCGCCUCAAAUGUAUGAUGCUUUUGUACUUUAUGCUGAUGCUGAUUUGAAUUAUGCAUCCGAAAUGCUUACAAAGUUAGAAGAUAAUCCGCAAUACAAUUUUAAGCUUUGCAUGAAGGAUCGUGAUUUAUUAGGUGGAGUUCAAUUCGAGCAUGUUGCAUUAACCCAAUUAAUCGAAGAACGAUGUAAGCAUUUGAUUGUUAUUUUAACAGAAGAAUUCUUAAAGAGCCCUGAAAAUAAGUUCUUAGUAAACUAUACACAAGCACUGCAAAUCCAACACAAAACACGUAAAAUUGUGCCAUUACUAUAUGAUGAAAGUGUUGAUAUUCCAAGAACAUUAAAAAUAUAUACACUUUUGCGAUACAAUUCCGGCACAUCGAGUUUAUUUAAUUUUUGGUCAAAGUUGGCAAAUUCUAUACAAAAUGUGAAUAUUACUGCAGACAUUUCAACACUUUCAAAAUCGAGCUGUAAAAAUGAAACCAACAGAAUUUCAACUGCAAAUAGACAGACAUCGAAUAAGAUAGAUUCCCAGUUAAUUAAUUUGCCGACCCCACCUACCGAAAUUCCUAGCAUAAGCAUUAUACCACCUGACGAUAAUGAAAAACCUAUGAAGGAAGAUCGGAAACUUAAGCAUUUCACAAUGAGACCUCCAAGAAAUAAAGUUCCUCUUAAUGAUGGCGCCGUAUUACGCAAUGCUCACUCUACCGGCCAAUUGAAUAUGUCAACAACUUCAAUAUGCAGCGAAACAAAGAAGAAGAAGAAGUGGUCCAGUAAAAUUUUGAAAAAGGUUUUCAGUCGUAGCAGCUCUAAACUGCAGGAAGCUUAAAAGCAUUGUUUAUAUACAUACAUAAAUAUAUUUUAUUUUACUAUUA